UGCCGUGAGAGAUCUGAAAAUAAGUGCCAAGUGAUGCCUCAAGCACGAGCUCUUGAAGUUGGAUGCGUAUGCUUUCUUUCCUACAGAGCCCAGAAGACAGAGGUUGGAGAUCUGAUUGCCUGUAAUUGAACAUGGCAGGAGAUGUGAAAAGAUUCACACGCAUGCUACUGGAAUGCAACAGCAAUGACAAGCUGUGUGUUGUGCGUGAAUAUCAGACUGAAGUGAUUGUUGUCCCAGCUCUCCUUGUGGGUUUUUUUGUCAUUCUGCUAACUGUGAUCCUUUGGCUGCAUUGCCGAGGCUUGCGAACAAGAACAAAGCAGGAGGAAUCAUCAUCAUCUGGACAAGAAGACAACAAGAACAAGAACCAGCAGGAAUCCAGUUCACAAGAGAACCACUGUAUUCAGCUGAAUGAGAUAUCUACGGAGAUCCUGCUAAGUUCUGCAUCCUUCACGCUGAAAGAUCUGCAGAUACCACGAGAAAAACUCUCACUAGGCAGUCUGCAGAUAGUAAAACAUGACCGCAAUGGGAGCAUCUACAGAGCAAAAUUGGAAACUGGGAACUCGGGGAAGACUAAGAGUGUCAUAUUGAAAGCCUUACAAGACCUGGUUAGUCCCCAGGAAGUAAAGGAUUUCCUGGGAAGGAUUAAAUUCCAUCAAAAUCUUGGCUAUCAUAAGAACCUGGUUGAAUUGGUUGGAUGCUGUAUAGAUCGAUUCCCACUUUAUAUGGUAAUGGAAGAUGUAUCUCUUGGUGAUCUACUGAAGUUUCUAUGGACAUGUCGUAAGGAUGUAAUGACAGUGGAUGGUAUCCCCUACGACCUCACUGAAAGGCAAGUAUACAAAGUUGGACAACAAGUUGCAGCAGCUCUGGCUUACCUUGAACAGAAGAACUUGUUCCAUGGUGACAUCGCUGCCAGGAAUGUCCUACUUCAGCACAACUUCACUGCCAAGCUCUGUGGAUUUGGGCUGGCCUAUAAAGCUCAUACAUAUGGUGCCAGCUCAGUCACAGAAAUGGUGCCAGUAAAGUGGCAGGCACCAGAGCGGCUUCUAAAGAACCCCCCGAGCAUCAUGGCAGACAUCUGGUCUUUUGGAAUUCUACUGUAUGAAAUGAUUACAUUAGGUGAUCCACCAUAUCCUGAGGUACGACCUUCUGACAUCUUGCCAUACCUGCAGAGACGAAACAUUAUGAAACAGCCCUCAAGCUGCCAGCAAGCCAUGUACAGCAUCAUGAAGUCUUGUUGGCAGUGGAAUGCAACUGACAGGCCUUCUCCAUCAGACCUGAUCCAGAGCCUACAAACAGCUAUGAAGACCAGCAAUGACCAGAGAGUUCUGCAGGUUCCUGAGCUAGUGGAGCCUGAACUCUAUGCUGAUGUCACUGGUGUUGCAAUGGACAGUCUAGUGAGAGACUAUACUGUACUUUGAAGGACUCUUUCUCAUAUUAGUAAAAGAGAGGUCUCUGUAUUGCCUAUUCAACACACUUGGCAAACUCAGAAUGAGGUGUUUAUGUAUAUACUUCAGAUCUGUCCUCCACACUUGAAAUAAUGAACCAGUAGUAGCAGUACUUUUAAAUCACCCUGAUACCAUUUUGAUAGUGGUCAUUUCAAAGCAAAAUGAAUUUAGGAAGCUAUAGAAAAUAUAAUGAGAAAUUUGAGUUUAGGUUUUUUGAAAUCUCUAUCCACUUUUCUUUCCCAUGAAACUGCAUCGCUUGAGUAUUCAGAAGAGGAGGUGUCCUGAGGAAUACGCUCUUGGUCACAAUCUUACUGGAAAAAGUGGACAGAGUAGGUAACAGAAAUGAAUGGUUUCCUGUCCUGUCAACAGUUUACAGGCUGGUUCAGCCCUGUUCUGUGACUAGUGGGCUGAGGGUACCCACAGACCCACGUCCUGGAAAAGGGAAAAAGGUAGGGAGGUGGGCCUAAAAACAAAACAGCAACAAUGAUCUGAGGAGAAACAAAC